AUCUAGCUAUCAUGCAUCCCGGACGCACAGGCUCUCACAAUGUUCCACGAGUAGAAAAGUAUCACAAACCAACCACAAUUUCUACAGAGUUAUCACUGAUUUCUACUAGCACCUUCAUUAGCAACAACAACCACGGUGGUACAAGCAGAAGCCACUAUAAUUCUAGCGGUUCUAAGAGAAAUAGGAAGAACACAACACCGUGGCAGAAAAAUGGUAAAAAAACCCGCCACUAACAACGAUGAAAGACAGUGCUGGGGGUGUUCAACAUCACUUGAGCUUUAUGACAACCCAUGGAAGAUCAAGAAAGCCUUGACUUCGAGCGAUCUUGGGAAGUUGAACCGGCUCUUGUUCGGGUCAAAUUUGCUGCAGAAUUUUAUGGUGCCGGUGCUCGGUAGAGAUGCUCAGAGAGACGCUGAGAGUGGAAUGCGAACACCAGUUAGGGUUUGGGAUGUUGACACCAUGUCCAUGCACCAGCUGGUUCUCAAGCGUUGGGCUUCUUCCAAGAACUACGUCUUGAUUGGGAGAUGGAACAGGGACUUUGUCAAGAGAAGGGUGUUGAAGAAAGGAGAUGAGAUUGGUCUUCAAUGGGAUUCUUAUAGAUCCUGCUUCAACUUCUCCGUGCUUAAGCGGAUUGAGCAGACAAACAGUGACUUCAACCCCAAACCUACGUAAGUCAGAACAAUCUCAUGACAAAUGAUGAUCUACACACUUGAUAUUAGUUCUAUUGGCUGAUAAUCAUAUGUUGGUUAAAAGGGGUUGUCUAUAUAACUCAUUAUCGAAAUUGGAUUAAAUCACUCAUGGCAUAGAUGUACCAAUCAUAUUGCAACAUGUGUUCUUAUAUUAUCCACAUCACUUAAU